AUGGGUCUCUGGUACGUCUACCUGAUGUGGAGGCGUGCGACUAGUCAUGACCAAGGCGUGAACUGGGGUCGGUUCCUACUCACUUUUGAGAGUCGAUGGGUCGCCGAUGAAUACUACAUGACGCUAUGCCAGCUGAAGACCUCGAGCGGCCAACCACGGUUCAAGACCAUGGCACGUACGUCCGCACAGCUGUGGGCGUUCGAUAGCGUCGAAGAAUCCGGCUCGGGGGACAACGGCUGGUGGUGGGCACCAAUCUUCAUCUGGCGAGAGUCCCGUUACGCUGCAAACCUUGGCUCCUUCACCAACAAGGUCAUGCACACGUAUCUCUCGGACGGGAAUCACUCCCAGCGAAACGAUUGGCCUAUCUUGAAUGACCUGGCCGAGGGGUCUGAUUGGAUCAGCGGCAAGACCUUCUUUAUCCGCAAUAAGCGUCAGAGGACCCGUUACUGGUACGACCCUGGUAACGGCUCUGUGCAGGUCUCGACCUCCAUGCACACCAAAUUCCGCAUCACGAGGAUAUCUGCAGCUCCUCAGCUGGUAGCUGGAGAUGCACAGCAUAUCCUUACUCGGGACGACACUGUGGAGGUUGUGCCUGUAGGCUCGACAGGGUCUCCCCGUUACAUUCAGCCCGCCGCGUCUGGCAAGCUUACGAUUUCCACGACAAGGUCCUCGAUCCUUUUCCGUAACUUCGUGUUAGGCUUAGCAACUGUGUGGCAACAAACUGGCGGAAGCUACCACUAUGGAAGCUUAGUGCGCAGCGAAGCUCCUAAUUUGAUCCUCACCAUGCCAUUCUACCACGAGUCCGAGGAGGAGGAAGAUUUCCCAAAUCCUCUACCCACUCGGCCCACGCAACCAGAAGAGAAAACACCCUCGGAAGAGAAAACGCCCCAAGGCGAAUCCCAGCCAGCUGAUAAUAUGGCCGGUGAUGAUUUGACCGCGGGUGAGCCAGACCCGCAGUACUACAAGCUCCCAAGCAAGCUUGACGACCUCGAGGGACGGCCUGCAGCUUUGAAAAAGUGGUCGGCUAUCAUCGACGACGUCAUUGAAAAGCUUCAAGUCAAGAAAAAGGCAGCGGGCAAGACGGCCCAUUUCUUCAAUGCCGCCAGAGAGCCAGAUACCCCGACUGAAACAUUGUCCAUCAAGUGGAUUGCCUUCCCCAAGAACCUUGAGACGAAGCAGAAUAAGUGGGCUCUUGCCGAUGAGCGAUUGAACCAGGAUGAGUACUGUGAGUGGGAAGUUGAGCGAGAUAAGAAGGGUGAGCUUAAGAGUGUGACAUUCACCACCGAGCUUCCAGAGUACUACACUUUUCUUGCUUCGAUCGACCCGGACGCGAAGAAACUUCUACAGGUCUACAACAACCUCAAUGAUGACGAAGAGAUAGCGGCCGAGGACGUCCUCGAUGGAGCCUCGAAGUACAACGGUGGCAACCGUUUCAACACACGUACGGGAGAAGGCGAGACAGUUCCUGGAGCCAUCGCUCACAUGAUCGCCGCCAACAAUACCCUCCAUGACCUCGCGGAACUGGUCAUCGAUUCUACGAUCCUGUAUAAGGACGACAAUGGGAACGACAUCACCAACGGGCGCGAUCUGAUCCGGAAGAUGGACAAUAGCCCACAGAGCGAGAGACGUAACUCUGAUCCUACGGUCACAGCGAACAUCAACAGCCGCGUCCGAUCGGGCAAGCGAGCCGCAGUCACCAACCCUCUUGGACCUUACAUCAAGUCCAUCGAGAACGCCAAAAUCAAAGUCGAAGGGGGGGCUCAUGUUGACAACUGGUGGACCUUUGACCGAGUCGGCGACGAUGACAAUCGCGUCCGAGCAAAAUUCACCAUUCCCAAGAAGUACAUUGGGACAGUCAAAGACGGAAACGGAAACAAGGUCACCCACGGUAGCCAUAUUGCAAAGUACAUCUGGAUCGGUGUCGAUGUCGCUAUUGCAGAUCCACCUCCACCAAACCAGGCAUCCCAAAUUCCACAGACGAUUCUCACUUAUAUCGAGGGCCGGCACAUCAAGCCGACGCCUCUCCCCGUGAGCUUUGUGAACAAGCAACUCAAGAAGGACCCUUUUGGCAAGUACCUUGCUACAACACCUAAUCCGGCUCUCACUCUCAAAGACCUUAUUGCGGGCCUGGAGGACUACACCUGGGCCGCUUAUGCAGCUGAUGAAGGCAUCGGGUACAAAUUCAAGACCCCGCGAGAAAAAGUGCGCGUCCGUGUUGUCAUCAUUUGUAUCCCGGGAGUACCACUCAGACCGAGGUCAGGCUCAGGCAAGACGGCUGAUGCCGAAAAGCUGACGGAGAGAGCCUUCAAGAAGUCAACGUUCGCCGUCGUUGCCGUGGCGCCUGGGAGUGAUCCAAAUAACAUCCACUCCAAGAAGGCGAUUCUUCAAGUGGCCAGUUUCAACACCGAUGAUGGUUUCUUUCGAUUCUAUGAUAGAGAGAGAUUAGGAAGAGGAGCCGGCGCUGGGCAGUGGCUCUACUUCGGCAGCUCUCUUGAUGCCUUCGCUCCGGACACCCAAGGCCUUGGUCCCUUCUGCGGUCAUCCCAAUGGUGGGCUUGUGAUGAAGGAGAUCGAGGACCCUUGGCCGCACUGGCAUACCGAAGACAAUGAGCUGUCACUGCCUGCCAGCCACCCCAUGAUGAGCGAUCCCCUUUUCCGUAACACCAGCACCCAGAGUUGGCGUUUCGACUUGGCCGAUCGCCUCGCAAACAUGGUGUUAACCGGCACUGAAAUUUGGUUCAAUACCAGACGCUACCAUGACUUUGGCCCCAUCCGAGAUCCUAAGCCGGUCGCUGAGCGCGUGCAUCAAUGGAUGGCGCACAUCCUGAUGUCGACCAGCGUAUCCAUAGCCUGCUCUAAGAGCGCCGGCUCGUCCGAGAUUCUCAUCCCUUCAGGAUUCUUUUUCGAUGCGGCUGGCCUGUCCGUCGUCAUGGACGAUGUCCCAGAAUUGGAAGACCAGAUAAAGCCCUGCAGCAAGGCCAACUACGAUGCAGCUCGCAAGCACCUGGGAGUUUACACCUUGAACAAAAUGCCACGAGGCGGACCACUUGAUAUUGCUUCGGAGUCCGAAGGCUUUGCGCCUUGGAAAGUCAUCACCCCAUGCCCUGAAGACAAAGAGGGCAUCCAGCAGAUCAUCAAGACCGGAUUGCUACCCAAGAAGACUGUUCUUGCCCUUCUCAUGGUCGACUUCUGGAACCCAGUCUUUUCUUACCGCCGAGCCCGUCUGAUGCGUUACAUUCCUUCCACUCUGACCUACUGUCCUACGGGCACUAGCGAGGAUGACAGAUACCGCUUUAGCACCGACCUCGCCGAAGCAGUCGAGACUGGCAUCGAGUCGCUUGAGCUUGAUCCCAAUACAAGCCCAGAAGCAGAGUUCCUAAAGCUUCUUCGUUCAGAAGACGUUGAGCAGGAAGCUAAAAACAGACUUCAGACCUACGUUGACAACAUCAACAGCAAGCUCUCCACCGGGAAGGGUGUUACUGAAUACAUGGCGCUCGCGGAGACUAAGAGACGCAUGUUCAGGCCCCCUCCAAGCACGCGAAGGCCCGUACAUCCGCUGGCAGAGUUUGAUUUGUCGCUGCCCUAUGCCAGCGCGAUCGACCCUUCGCAGAAGGAGUGGAAAAUGAUGCAAAACGGCGAGGUUGUUUUGGCUGAUUCUGACAACGAUGUGUGGCAUCCAAGGAAUACCCAGGCACAUUUCUCAUCAGCUGGAUGCCCAUUCUCUGCCUCAUUCUAG